UCUGGGACCGUCCAUUAAAUUGUGCUUUUUGGAACGUAUAGAGAAGUUACUGGAAGAUUCGGAACAAGUACGAUAGUGGACAGUAGUUACUACAUAUUACGUGCGAGAUUGAUAAUACAAUUUUCAAUUUCCAUCGGCUUGGUGUAUCCAAUUUUGUUCAAUAUGUCAGACUGGGACACUGCUCCUAUUACUUUACGAAAACGUCCCCCAAAAGCUUCAGUACUUAAAUCGGAACAAGCAGUGAAUGCUGCACGUCGUCAAGGAUUUGUCAUUGAAACACAAGCAAAAUGGGGUGGAGGAACAAAUAAGCAACAUAUUGCAACUAAAAAUACAGCUAAAUUAGACAGAGAAACAGAAGAAUUAAAACAUGACAAAAUUCCGCUUGAUCUUGGCAAAUUAAUUCAACAAGGAAGACAAAGCAAAGGAUUAUCUCAAAAGGACCUAGCAACAAAAGUAAAUGAAAAAGCACAAGUCAUUAAUGACUAUGAAGCAGGUCGUGGAAUUCCAAAUCAAAUGGUUAUUGGUAAAAUUGAACGAGUGUUAGGAAUAAAAUUACGUGGUAAAGAUCGUGGUAAACCAUUAUCGAUUCCUGGAAAUAAAAAGUGA